AUGUACUCAUUCCCUACGGGAGUCACGCUGGACGGUAGGGUCGUUUCAGUCAGCACCUACGACGAGAGCCCAGACGGGCUCACAGGGUCGUGCGGUCAGUUCGGACACCGGGAAGACGGGCGGAGGGGGUCUGCGGGCCCAGGGGCCUGGCGAGGCGGCCGCGCUGCUCGCUGCGCUCUGGCCCCGGAGGGGAUCCCGGCCGCUGGGGGCCCUUCGGACACGACGGCGAGAACUGCGUUUCGCGCAGCCUGGGAGCACAGCGAGCGGCCUGCCCAUGGCUGGUUCUGCGGACGGAUCCCAGAGCCCAACAGUCACCUUUCACUUGGAAAAAAAUGGGCUACUGAGAACGCGGGCCCGCAGACCAGGAGCCGCACGUUGUCCGCGGCCCCGCGUCGGCUGCGCAGAGAACUCACUUCGCGGCCGCGCGUGGGCGCAAGAGGCUCGGCCCGCCGGUUCGCCUCUGGCCCCGCCCCUGGCCCCGCCCACCACGGACCCCACCGUCUCCUUCCCGCCCACCAUCCUGGCCCCGCCCCGCCGCCGCCUCCCGCGGCGGCCAGGCGGACUCCCGCGCGCAUGGGCGCCGCGCUCCGGAGGGCGCCCGCCGCGGCCCAGCCCCCGAAGCCUGUCAGGGAGGCAGCGCGGCUCCGACAGCAGCCCGGCGUGACCCUCGGCUCCGCCGCUGAGGGAGGCCGCCCGCAGGACGGGCCGGACGCGGAGGAAGGGCUUCCGGCGAGCGGGGGGCUCACGACCGCGGAGCGGAGGGUCGCGGAGCUGCACGCGGCCGCCUGCGCGGCUGGCCAGCUGACCUACGUGGAUCCGGCCACUGGGCACGUGGUGCUCACAAAGCUCGCCCACUUGGAGAGAGGCGGAUGUUGUGGCUCUGCCUGCAGACAUUGUCCAUAUGGUCAAGUGAAUGUUAAAGAUCCAUCUAAAAAGAAACGAUUCAAUUCAUAUUUUUAUGUUUGACCACAAUUUCAUCUCUGUUUCACCAUCUAGCUGAGACUUUAUUUAAAAAAAUGAAAUAAAACCCUAAUCCAGAAUGCUCUGUGGGGUGCUAGUCCUUGAGCACUAGUUUAAUCUUAAGUACAUAUAUUAACAUCAAUAAAAUGAAAAAGC